AUGUCACAAUAAAUUACACCUAGUAGAAUGACUCUUGCUAUAUAUAAAGCAAAGACAGUCUCUGCCAAGAAAGGUCACGAAUUGCUUAAAAAGAAAUGUGAUGCUUUGAAGACCAAGUUCAGAGCUAUUAUGAUUGCUCUUUUGGAAAAUAAGUUGAAGAUGGAUGAAGAAAUGCAAAAGGCUUUCAUCUAAUUGGCUGAUGCUUAUUGGGCUGCCGAUUAAUUCAACACUAAUGUUAGAGAAUCUGUUAAGAAGGCACUUGUUAGAAUUGAAUAUUCAAGUGAAAAUAUUGCAGGUGUUAUGUUACCAAACUUAAAUAUUAGAGAAAACAUAAAGGACAAUGAAGAUACUGAGGGUAAUAUGGGUUUGCUUGGUCUUGAUAAGGGUGGUUUCUCUAUUCAAAAAGCUAAGGAAAGAUUCAAAGAAGCUCUCUACCUUCUUGUCAAAGUUGCUUCCCUUUAAACAUCUUUCAUAACUUUAGAUGAAGUUAUUAAGGUAACAAACAGAAGAGUCAAUGCCUUAGAACACGUCGUUAUUCCAAGAUUUAUGGAAGUUUAAGCUUAUAUUAAUUAAGAACUUGACGAAAUGUCAAGAGAAGAUUUCUUCAGACUUAAGAAGGUGUUGGAUUUCAAGAGAAAGGUUAUUGCUGAAGAAGAAAAAGAAACUGCAGCUAAAGAAGCUGAACUCCGUGCUAAGGGUGUUAAGAACAUUGGUGGUGAUCUCCUUAACGAAGAAGCUGAUGAGGAUAUAGUUGUUUGA